UUUGAAAGCCACGUAACAGUUGACAACAUUGUCGGUAAGGUUGUGUGGAUUGUGCCGGUGUAAAACUGUUCAAUUUAACAAUAAUUCAGUUUAACCUUAGUGAAAAUGUAUUUGUAUAAAUUAUUCGUUUUGUGUUUUUUAUAUUCCGCGUGUUGGGCUAAAGAAGAAGACGUUUUAGAGUUUAGCGACAGCGAUUUUGAAAGUAGAAUAGCUGAACAUGAAACUGCCCUGGUUAUGUUUUAUGCCCCAUGGUGUGGCCACUGUAAGAAACUCAAGCCUGAAUAUGCCAAAGCCGCUGAGGACUUGAUUAGAAACGACCCUCCGAUUGCUUUAGUCAAAGUUGAUUGUACUGAAGCAGGAAAAGAUACUUGUAACAAACACGGAGUAAGUGGAUAUCCCACUUUGAAGAUUUUCCGCAACGGAGAGUUUUCUCAAGAAUAUGGAGGCCCUAGAGAAGCUGGAGGUAUUGUCAAGUUCAUGAAAGCACAAGUAGGACCAAGUUCGAAAGAAGUCUCUAGUGUGGCAGAUUUGGAGAAGUUCCUGCGAGUAGAAGGUGAAGUUUCAGUUGUUGGCUUCUUUGAGAAGGAAUCAGAUCUGAAGACCGCUUUUCUCAAACUUGCUGACAAAUUGAGAGAGAAGGUCAGAUUUGCACAUUCAACAUAUAAGGCUGUUUUGGAAAAUCAAGGAAUUAGUGAUGGUAUUGUUCUAUUCCGGCCACAUCACUUGCACAACAAAUUCGAAGAUGACAGUGUCGCCUACUCUGGACCUGCUGUCACUGGUGACAUUAAUGAUUUCAUCACUAAAAACUAUCAUGGUCUAGCGGGUCAUCGUAAAUCAGACAACAGAAAUGACUUCCAAAAUCCAUUAGUUGUCGCAUACUACGCUGUGGACUAUGUGAAGAAUCCCAAAGGUACAAAUUACUGGCGUAACCGAGUUUUGAAGGUUGCUAAGCAAUAUCAAGACAAAGUUACUUUCGCAAUUAGCGCUAAAGAUGACUUCCAAUAUGAGUUGAAUGAAUAUGGCAUUGAUUACGUCAAGGACGAUAAACCACUUGUAUUGGCUCGUGAUGCGAAAAAUCAAAAGUUCAUUAUGAAGGAUGCUUUCUCCAUUGAAGUUUUGGACCAAUUCGUCAAGGAUCUUCUUGAUGGAAAACUAGAGCCUUUCCUAAAAUCUGAACCCGUCCCCGAAAGCAACGACGGACCGGUCAAAGUUGCGGUUGCUAAAAAUUUCGACAACGUCGUAGUUAAUAAUGGAAAAGAUACGCUCAUCGAAUUUUAUGCACCUUGGUGCGGUCAUUGCAAAAAAUUAGCGCCUGUCUUCGACGACGUGGGUGAAAAAAUGAAAGAUGAGGAUGUUGAAAUUGUAAAAAUGGAUGCCACUGCUAAUGAUGUAGCUCCAAUCUUCGAUGUCCGAGGAUUCCCGACUCUUUAUUGGAUGCCGAAAGAUUCCAAGGAUAGUCCAGUUCGUUACGAGGGUGGUCGUGAAUUGGACGAUUUCAUUCAAUACAUCGCCAAACAAGCAACGUCCGAAUUGAAAGGAUAUGACAGGAAGGGCAAUCCCAAAGCAGAAAAGACUGAACUCUAAAAGUGUAUUCAUUUAAGUGAUUGCACCUGUGUAAUUAUAAUUUGUUUAAAUUUUCAACAAGCUGAUGUUUUCCAUGUAGUUUGAAUGUACUUGUUUUAUAAUCAAAGUAAAUUGCAGUAAUAUUUUUUUAUUCUUGAAAUUGAAGUAUGAUACAAUAACGUUUUUUAUAAAGAAUUGAGGUUACUUUUGUUUGAUACUGCUUUAGUUUGUAUGUUGAUAGUGAUUUAUUCACAUUUUCCAAUAAAAACGAUAAAACUAA